AUGCGGUUAUCGAAUGACGUGUUUUCCGUAACAGCCGCCGGAAGAAACGCGACUGGCGACCCGUCGUUUGGUGCCGAAUCCCAUUCAGGCUUAUCAACAGCAGCGAUCAUAGCCCUUGCAGUUGGAACUGUCGUUGCACUGAUCCUGGUCUCCAUCGCCGUCUAUAUGUUCUGUAGGUUCCGGCGCAAGCACGCCCGCGGUAGCCCGGUAGGAGGGCAAGAGAGUGGCACAUCUUCCCUGAAUCCAGACUCUGCACACAAUCGGGUUCGCUACGGCCGGAUUGAAGGCCCGCCGCGCAAGGAGCGAACAUUCUUCUCCUAUUUCCAACCGUCGGCAUCGAAAAUCAAAUCAUAUCGUCCAGGUCUCAAUUUUGAUCUCGACAAGGGCCGUCGUGGGGACCUACUCGAACUCUCCGAAAGCACAAAGGCUCUCAAUAAGAGACUAGACUCGAGCACUUCCCGAUUACCUUCUUCUCACUCGGGCUCGGGAACGACUACAAGGGUCUCCAUGGAAUCAAGCGUCAAGCUUGCAAAAAAGAAAGACGUACCCAAGGUAUUGUCCGACCCAAACGUCUCUGCGACCCAAUCGUCCACAUCGCUAUCAAACCUCUUCUCGCGCCCGAAGGAAGUCAAGCAUCACAAACGGGAUACGCGGCUAGACUUGGCAGAAGAUGGGCCGGAUCCUGCACCCCGCGCGUCUCGCGAUACCUCUCGCGGGUUCCAGGAUGACCACGAGCGACCUCAAUAUCCCAUCUAA